AUGGAAAACUUCGAAGAGGUCGGUGAAAUUCGUGUACCCCUUUCACGUCUUGCACAUUUUGAGAGGCGCCAUAAACUCAGAGAAAAAAGAUUGCUACAUUUACCCACUUCUCAGUUACAUGUAGUUCAAAAGGUUAUAUGUAAACGUGCUAGACUUCGCAGGAAAAUUGAAAUUAUUAAUCGGUCAGUACUUCCAAAUCCGGAGAAGACACAAUUAAAAGUUCAAUGUGUUAAGAUAUUCAUCGAUCAAAUUCCAACGUUUUGGAAUUUAGAAGAAAACUCUGCAACUCCGUGGAAUUUUGGUAAACCGAAUCACACUUGUGGACAAUGUGGUGCCAUCAUGUGGUACGAAGAAAGAUCUCGAAAGGACAGAAAAACAUCUAAUCCAACGUUUAUGAGUUGUUGUUCGGAGGGCCGCGUCAAACUACCAUUGCUUCCCCCAACACCACAAACACUUGAUUACCUUCUUUCCUUAGAAUCUGGGAAAAAAGGCGUCAAUUUCCGAAAAGAGAUAAGAACUUACAAUUCAAUGUUAGCAUUCACUUCGCUUGGAUGUCGUGUGGAUUCCAAGAUUAAUUGUGCGAAAGGUCCCUACAUCUACAGGGUUAGUGGCCAAAAUUAUCAUAGGAUUGGUUCUUUGUUACCAGAAAUUGGGAAGAAACCUCAAUUCGCGCAACUAUAUAUCUACGACACUGAAAAUGAGACAAAUAACAGAAUUGAAGCAAUGAGAAGGCAAUUUGGAGUGGACGRCCUUGAUCUUCAAAUUACACAGGAUCUGUCUACAAUGUUAGAAGGAAGCAAUGUGUUAGUACAUUCAUUUCGCAUGGCAAGAGACAGAUAUAUGUGUGAACCGAAUACUGUUUUUCGAUUACGGAUCAUAAACAGUCGCACAACGGAUGGCCGACAAUACAAUCUACCAAGUGCUAAUGAAGUUGCAGGCUUGAUUGUUGGUGACCUGAGCGAAAACAAUUUCGAGCGUGAUGUUAUUGUUGAACAUCGUACAACURGAYUUCAACGGAUUACUGAUCUCCAUCCGUCUUUUAUGUCGAUGACAUACCCGUUAAUACAUCCUUACGGUGAAGAUGGGUUCAGGCAAAAUAUAUUACUCCAAAACAUGGACGGAUCUUCUUCAAAGAGACAAUUUGUAACAAUGCGACAAUACUAUUGUUUUCGUUUGCAACAACGAUCAAACAAGGGCCAUACUCUUCUUCGUGCAGGUAGGCUUCUUCAACAAUACAUUGUCGAUGCUUAUAUGACGAUUGAAGAAGGCAGAUUUCGGUGGAUUCGUAAUAAUCAAGAUCAAUUACGAACAGAUUUAUUUUCUGGGUUGAUGGAUGCCAUAAAUCGUGGUGACACAGAUGGAAAAAAAAUCGGAAAGUCAAUAAUACUACCCUCAUCACAUACCGGUAGUCCAAGGUAUAGAGUUCAAAAUUACCAAGAUGCCAUGGCAAUAUGCAAGUGGGCUGGGUACCCGGAUAUUUUCCUGACAUUUACUUGCAACCCCAAAUGGCCGGAGAUAAAUGAAAUGCUCCACUUAAUAGAACAAGAAGAUGAUCCAAAUCGGGUUGACAUUGUAAGCAGGGUUUUCGAAAUAAAGCUCAAACAAUUGAUGGCGGACUUAAAAACUGGAAAACCAUUCGGAACGAUAAUUGCAUGUUUAUAUACCAUUGAGUUUCAAAAGAGAGGUCUUCCCCAUGCCCACAUCUUACUUUUCUUGGAGUCGUCAGGGAAAAACCCAUCGACAGAUCGUAUUGACAGAAUCAUCACGGCCGAGAUUCCAAAUCAAAGUAUCGAUCCAGAUGGGUUUAACGCAGUAACCAAAUUCAUGAUUCAUGGGCCAUGCGGAGAUCUCUAUCCAUCAUCCCCGUGUAUGUUACAGAGCAAAUGCUCUAAGCAUUUUCCCAAAAAAUUUGUCCCGCACACAAUAAUUGAUCAAGAUGGAUUUCCAAUAUACAGAAGAAGAGAUACAGGAGCUUUUGUGGAGAAGAAAACACAUAAGUUGGACAAUCGAUAUGUCGUACCUCAUAACAGAGAUCUGAUUGUUAAAUUCGAUGGUCAUAUCAAUGUUGAGCUUUGUAAUCAUUCAAGAGCCGUGAAGUACCUAUUCAAGUACAUACAUAAGGGUUCUGAUAGAGCUACUGCUACAGUUUAUUCAACAAACUCGAAUGAUGACCAUGAUGAAAUAAAGACAUAUUUAGAUUGCAGAUACAUUUCGGCUGCUGAAGCAUGUUGGCAGUCGGUAGUGGUCAAGCCUGGAGUAAGUAGAACAAAGUUCACAGAAUGGCUCGACACCAACAAAAGAAAUCCGGAUGCCAGAGAACUUAGUUACUCAGCAUUCCCAAAACACUGGGUCUGGAAUGCAAGAGAUAAAGCAUGGACAAGACGUAAAAAGGGCAUAUCAAUUGGCAGAAUAUACUUCACUCAUCCGUCAUCCGGAGAAAGGUUUUACAUGCGCAUGCUUUUAAACUUUGUAAAAGGGUGCACUUCGUACGAACACAUUCGAACAGUGAAUGGCAUCACAUAUCCUUCUUUCAAGGGAGCUUGCUAUGCUCUUGGAUUGUUAGAUGAUGAUGAUGAAUGGGUUGAUUGCUUAACAGAGGCAGCAAAUUGGGCAACUGGUCACGAGUUGCGACAUUUGUUUGUCACAAUUCUUGCAAAUUGCCAAGUCUCAAAUGCACCAAAUCUUUGGAAAAGAAAUUACGCAGCAUUGUCCGAAGAUAUAGCAACACUACAACGUAAAAAAUACAAAGCACACGGCAUGCAACUAACGGAUGAUCAAAUUGAGGCUCACACAUUGUUCGAGAUCGAGGCAAUCAUGUUGAAAAUGGGAAAAAGUUUAAAAGACAUAGAUGGAAUGCCACUCCCAAAUACCGAACUUUUACGAGAAUUUCGUAACAGAUUGGUCAAUGAAGAGCUUGACUAUUGUACCCAUGAUUUGAAGGUUGCUCAUGACAUCGCAUUUUCCAGUCUUAAUACUUGCCAGAGAAGAGCUUAUUAUGCCAUUCUUGCGUCAGUGUACAAUGAUCGAGGUGACUUGAUUUUCAUUCACGGUCGUGGAGGAAAGGGGAAAACUUUUCUUUGGAAUACAGUCGUAUCAAGACUUAGAUUAGAAGGAAAGAUAGUAUUACCGGUUGCUACUUCAGGCAUUGCAGCUUUGUUACUACCAAAUGGAAGAACGGCUCAUUCAAGAUUCCGAAUCCCAUUGGAUUUAACUGCAGAGUCAACUUGCGAAAUUCGUCACGGCACACAUAUAGCUGAGUUACUUCAACAAACGACAUUGAUUAUUUGGGAUGAAGCCCCUAUGGCACAUAAACACUCAUUUGAAGCAUUGGAUAAAAGUUUGCGUGAAAUAAUGAGUUGUCGUUAUGAAAAUAGUAAAGACAAACCAUUUGGUGGACUCACAGUUGCUUGUGGUGGUGACUUUCGGCAAAUUCUGCCAGUAAUACCAAGGGGAAAUCGAGCCGACAUUGUGAAUUCAGCACUAAAUUCAUCUUAUUUGUGGCCUUUGUUCAAAGUAUACGAGCUCAAUGAGAAUAUGCGUUUGCAAUGCAACAUUUUGUCACCGACAGAUAUGAUAAAUAUUAAGGUGUUUGACUCAUGGAUGCUACAAAUCGGAAAUGGCACUGCCUACGAUGAUGUAACAAAUGAAUUGCUAAAGUUGCCCGCUGGCAUCUUCCCAGAAACAAUUGGCAACCCGAUUGAAUCAGUGGUUGAAAUGAUAUAUCCUUCUMUCUUGGAAAACUGUAAUUGUCCUUCAUAUAUAACUGAAAGGGCAAUUCUCAYGCCAAAAAAUGAUAUGGUCCAUGAAUUGAACACAUUUAUCAUGGACAUGCUUCCAGGAGAAGGAAAAACAUAUCUAAGUUCAGACACAGUUUGCAAAGGAAGUGUACAAACAAAUGAGGAAGACCUCCUUUAUCCAACUGAAUUCUUGAAUGGUUUGCAAUUCAAUGGCGUACCAAAUCACGAGAUUCAGCUAAAGGUAGGAGCCCCAGUUAUGUUAUUACGCAACAUCAAUCAAACAGAAGGAUUGUGCAAUGGAACACGAUUGAUUGUCACAUUUCUUGGAACAUGGUCUGUUAGAGGUGACAUUAUUUCAGGAACUAAUAAAGGAAAAAGUGUCACUAUUCCAAGAAUAAUAAUGUCGCCCAAUGAAUCAAAAUGGCCAUUCAAGCUUAAUCGACGUCAAAUACCAUUGGUCCCAUGCUUUGCUAUGACAAUUAAUAAAAGCCAGGGACAAUCUUUAAGUCGUGUUGGCUUAUACCUCCCGAAACAGGUUUUCACACAUGGACAACUAUAUGUUGCUGUUUCACGAGUGACAUCGCAUGAAGGAUUAACCAUAAUAAAUGCCGAUGAAGAAAUGGAACACCGUACACUCAUAAAAAACAUUGUCUACCAUGAAGUGUUCAAUAACAUUCAUCCAUCCACCGAGUAA